UAAUAUAAACACCUAAGUUUAACCAAGUUUUAUUCGUUGAUAUUAAAGGUUGACAUAAAUCCAAUUUUUAAAGUUAAAGGCGGAUGCUACAAAUAAAAAACAAGUGUUCACAAAUCUGCUGCUGAAAUGCAAGUGAAUAUAAAUGAAGAUAACACUGAAUUCGAUAACUUAAAAGUUGAAAAACUUUCAAGAGAUGUGCUUCAAACGUUUGCGGAUGAGUUGCCAAAAGAAUGGAGAGAGCUAGCUCGUUUCUUGAAUAUUAGUGAUGAAGAAAUAAGUCGAGUGGAACACGAGUACGAUAAAACUCGAGAACAAAUUUAUGAAAUUUUUAACAGUUGGUUUAGAAAUUAUCCAAACAAAAAAUGGAUUGAUAUUAAAUCAGGAUUGAUAUAUUGUAAACGAAAAGAUGUUAUUGUAAAAUGCCAAAGAAUGCUUACUGUCCGUUCAAUAUUUGGUGUUCAACCAACUGCAGAUAUGUUCUUUAUGCGAGAAAAAGAACUUUCGAAAAUUCAUCAAUAUUUCAACGAUUUACAAGAUAAUAGAAACUCAACUUUAGUAUUGUACGGAAUGUCUGGUGCUGGGAAGACACAACUUACCAGAAAAUAUUGUGAAAUUCAUCAUGACUUUUAUAAACAUUUUGUUUGGAUAGAUGCAGGAUUUGGAAAAUUACAUACUUCAAUGAGAAAUCUUUAUGAAUUAUUAGGAUUUGUUGAUCAAAAUUCUCAAGGCAAUUCUUUUAAUAUAGAAGUUAUUGUUGAGAAAAUUCACAACUAUUAUAAAAACGAAAAAACUCUGUAUAUUUUUGACAAUGUCGACGAUGAAAGCGUUCGAAAUUUGAGAAUGUUUAUUUCAAAGAAACCGAAUUCAUUUACUUUAAUCACAACUCAAUGGAGAAGGUGGUCAAAUAAAGUAAAUCAAAUGUUAAUCGAUGUUUUUUCUUGUAAAGAGGCUUUCGAGUACGUAAAAAAUAGUAUAAAAGAAAACACCGACGAAAAUAUAAAAAACCUAAUUAAAGAACUUAGUUAUCAUCCGUUUGCUAUUACUCAAGCAAUAAAAUAUAUAGAAAUACAUAAAAUUUCCACACAAAAAUAUAUAGAUCGAUAUAAAUCAAAUCCUAUAGAAAUACUAGAUGAUGAAUACUUUCAAACGGAAGAAGAAUCAAAGUCUGCUAUAAAAGCAAUCAAUUUAGUGUUAAUAAAAUUAGAAAGAAAAAAAAUUAUUCCAUUAAAAUUACUCAACUGCUUAUCUUAUUGUAAUGGUCAAAGCAUAAAUAAAGAAUUUAUCACUCAAAUCUUAAAACAAAUGACAGUAAAUGAAGAAUAUUUAAUAGAUGAAGCCGUUGGAUUACUAAUAAGUUAUUCUUUACUAGAUCGUUUGGAUGAUGAAAAAUAUUCAAUGCACGAACUGACACAGUUGUCGUGUAAAUAUUUUCAAAACAAAAACUCAAGUACAAACACAUAUUUUUAUCUUAUGGAAAAAUAUUUUCAAUUUGAGUUAAACGAAGUAAAAGCUCACGUUGAUCACGGUAAACAUUUUAUAUUUCAUUUUUUCCACAUGUUUCGUAUUAACAAAAAAAGAAUGUCGAAAACCUUCCAUCAGACGACGACAUCUAUUAAAAAUCUAUUAGUAUGUAAAGGUUUAUUUCAAGAAGCAAUCAAAAUAUUAAAAAGUAUUAAAAAAUUUAAUGCAGAAACAUAUGGAGAGAAUAAUAAAUUCACAACUGAUACAAAACAUAAUAUCGCAAACUGUUUGAACGAUAUGGGAAAACAUAACGAAGCUUUAGAAAUUUAUUAUUCUGUUGAUAAAAUACGAACUGAAAUUUUAGGUAUCAACCAUCCAGAUACAAUGUCAACAAAAAAUAAUAUCGCAAGCUGUAAUACGUCAUCCACCUGGGUAAAGGUUACCAGUGGCGUUCCACAAGGUUCAGUGCUGGGUCCUACGCUGUUCAUAAUAUUUAUUAAUGACUUACCCGAACACAUCAAUAGCGAAAACUUAUGUAAAAUGUAUGCAGACGAUACUAAAAUCCUGAGUGUCGUCAAAACCACUGAAGACAAAGCUCGUCUGCAAUCCGAUAUAGAUAGCGUUGUUACUUGGACUCGAACCUGGUUAAUGGAACUCAACAUCAAGAAAUGCAAAGUCAUGCAUUUCAGUACAAUGUUUCCCGACACAUUUAUUUAA